AUGACUCACGCUUAUGAUAAUUAUUACAACGAGUUUCAAAAAAACGCAGAACUACAGCAAAAUCUGAAGUACCAAAAGAAAUAUCGAAGGUUAAAAAGGAUUAUAAAGGACACAGUUUUUGAAAAUGCUGCAUUAUGCGAUCAAGUUGCACAGAUGCAAGAAAAUCUCAUGCUCGUGAAGGAAGAGAGACUGUACCUUUUACGUAAAUUAUGUCAACAACAGGGGGACAUAGAUCCUUCUACUAUGAUAGCCAGAUGUCAAUCAAACAGUAUUAAUUCCAUACCAUUUAAUCCUGAAUGCUCUACACCUAAGAAAACUGCAAAAAAAAGAGUUUCGACCGAUGGGACAGAAACAAAGAAUAAAGCUAAACGUUAUAACAAAACCAUGCGAAGAGUAGUUCAAUUAAUACCAUUGGACGUACAUGGGAGACCUAUAUUUCCUAUUUCUUUGGGUGAUCUCACUGUUUACUCUCUAGGAGAAGUAGUGUCAGAUAGGAUAGCUUAUCACACAGAAGAUCUCAUUUAUCCAGUAGGUUAUUGCAGUACAAGAGUAUACGCUAAUUUAAGAGAUGUAAAAACAAAAAGUCUGUACACAUGUAAGAUAUUAGAUGGUGGACCAAAACCAAGGUAUAAAGUUGCAUCAGUAAAAAUAGGAUCUACUCCUGAUGAAUGCCAUUCAAAAUUAUUGUUAGCAAUUUCUCCUGUACUACGAUCAAUAACACCAAAGGGUGCUGACUUUUUUGGUAUUUCACACCCUACUAUUCAAAAUCUAAUACAGAGCACACCUGGCACACGUAAGCUGGCCAUGUACAAACAGCAGCGUUUCGAAGUAAGUAAGAGUCAAUCAAUGGAAAGAGGCAUGAGUCCAAUAAUGGAUGAAGAAGCAGAUCCAGGACUUGGAUUUACUGCUUUACACAGGCAUUAUGCUUUAACAAAUUCUUAUAGGAUUAAGGAAGAACCUUCAGAUCAUGAUCUUUUAACUCUUCAAGAACUGCUUGCAUAGCUUUCAUUUUGUUAUUGGCACAUUUUAUAAUACUGAGAGCAAAAGGUAUCAAGCAUUAAUGUGUAAAUAUUGAACCAUUUUACAAUACUUAUUAGUCUGCAGUGUAUAAAACGAUUUUAUUGACC